GCCCUCCCCAGUACUAAGCACUAACUGCCCUUCUCUGCCCCUCUGCGGAUUUCGCGCAAAACAAGGGGAAGAAAAAGGAGAGACGAAAGAAAUCUCAGUCGCCAUGAAAUCUCUGCUCAAUUUGGAACAUUUUCUGUCCUUCUCUCCCACUGGCAUCAAUUCUCGCCACUGCUAUGAUUCACGAAGACCGACCUCCCUUCAUUUCUCUGCCAAGGAUCGCGGCAUUUUGAUUGGGCGGAGGUCGCGUUUCACCGUCGUUAAAGCUGUUUUGGAUUCGGCAAUCAUGGAUCAGUUGGGGCUGAAAGAAUCUGAUAUUAGGAAUCCGGCGAUUUCUACAACAUACCGGAGCUCGAAGUUGCCGAAGCCGAAUCAGACGGUGCUGGAAGCUCAGGCUAGGGUUUGUACUGGACCGACUCAGACCAAGCCGCUAUCUGAGGAACAGGCUUUUGAUGUUUUGGACACCAUUUUAAGAUCAGCUAGAGGAGAGCUCAAAAAAGAAGAGGAAGUCUCUAAAGCACAGCUUGGAGCAUUCUUUGCAGCCAUGACAAUCCGGGCAAAUGCCUUUCCAGAAGCAACCCAGUGGAGUGAAGGGGAAAGGCGUGCCAUGAAUGUGUUUUGGCCCCACUUAGCUCGAGUUUUGCCGCCUGAUGUGAUCUUUAUUGCUGAUCCUGAGGGCUCAAUUAUGGGAGUGGGAAGUUCAGUUGGGCCACAGUUUGUUGGCAAUGGUACUAGUGAAAUGAGAUUGGUGGGUGCCCUCAGAGAAGUUCUAGCAGGAGGUCAUCUUGGGUAUGAGGAAGUCCAAGGUCUUCUGAAAGAGGUUCUUCCACUGACAUCAGAUGACAGCAAAUCUGCUGGAGUAAGUGAAUCACUGCUCUCUGCAUUCUUAAUAGGCCAACGUAUGAACAGGGAAACAGAUCGUGAACUGAAAGCAUACUGUCUUGCAUUUGAUGAUGAACUUGGUCCUGCACCAGUUGCCAAUGUUAGAUCAUUGACUCAUUAUGGUGAACCUUAUGAUGGAAACACACGUUACUUCAGGAGCACACUGUUUGUUGCUGCAGUUAGAUCUUGCUAUGGUGAAUCUUCCUUGCUUCAUGGUGUGGAGUGGAUGCCACCAAAGGGGGGUGUAACUGAAGAACAAAUGUUGAAGUUUAUGGGAGCAAAAACAAACUUAUCCUUGCUGCAGGCACAAAAACUUCUAGAGGAUGAGGAGGUCGGUUUUGCCUAUGUAAGUCUACGGGAAGCUCAUCCAUCACUAUAUUCAUUGGUUGGAUUGAGGGAGCAUAUAAAGAAGCGCCCCCCACUGGCAACAACAGAAAAGGUUCAGCGAUUUAUCAGGGCACGAGGAAGGGAAUCAAUUGUUGCUGGAUUUUAUCAUGAAGGAUAUGAGGAGGCCCUGUUAAUGCUUAUGAAAAGAAGAGGUGUUCAUUCUGGUUUGGUGGUGAAGGGUGAAGAAGGUGCCCUCUCAAUGACAACAAGGUUGAGAACAGCAACAUCCAAAGGACUUCCUGUAAACUAUUGCUCAGGUUUCCGGUCAUUGAGCAUGGAAUCAGCUUGUCAAGUGGAUGGGGUAUCACGUCAUAGUUUCAAUCUAGAGGUUAAUGCCAUGGACUAUGGUUUUGAGCCCACUGAUACUCCAAGAACUGAUAGAUCGGUGUCGAAGAACAUAGAGCUGGGAUUGGCAGCUCUUCAUGGCCAAAAAGGACCAGCAUAUGACCGCAUUGUUCUGAAUGCUGGAAUAGCGGAUCAUUUACUGGGAUGUGAGGGUGCAGAAGAUGUAUCAUCUGCCUUUGAUAGAGCCAGAGAGGCCAUUGAUAGUGGUAGGGCUCUUAAAAAGGUGUUCAAUUACAUAAAGAUCUCACACAAGGUGAAGUGAACUUCGACUGAACUGUGCUUUUUGCUUCUGAUUUUGAAGUUUAAUGUCGUAAAAUAAUAGAAGACUAGAAGAUGUGAAAAAAUGGAAAGAGGAAGAAAUUUAUUACAGGUUUUGUAGUCUAUUUUUCAUAAACGUCACUCUCUCUCUCUUCACGAAGUUUGUUCAACAGCAAAUUGUAUUGAUUAAUUCUUUUUUAGCACACAUGGUUGUAACAACCACUGUAUAAUUUCAAGGGUUUUUUAGCCUUGCUUUCUCUUUGAUUAAAAAACCUUUUUGUCA